CCGCGCCGGGGGCGGGCCGGGCCAGGCCGAGCGUCGCUCUAGCCCCUGGCGGCCCUCUCGAUGGUAUGGCGCCGCUCUGGCCCUAACCUCCCGCUGAAGCUGCUCCUCGGCGCUCUGCCCGUGCGGGCUCCGCUCUGCCCCGCGGUGCCGGCUGCAGCCGCUGCCCCUCGGGAGGGCCGCCGCCACCGGCGGGGCCCUGCUGCCGCUGCGGCCUCUCGAUGGCCUAGGCCGGCGCCGCUCGGCAACGCGCCCUCCGUGGCGCCGCGGGGUGGAUGUGGCGGCUGCUGCUGGGCCGCGGCCUGGGCCGCUGCCUGCCGCCCCCCGCCCGCCCCGCCUGCACCGCCGGCCCCGCCGCCGACCGCGGCCCCAGCCCCGAACGAGCUCCCGGUUCCCAGGAUGGACGGCCCCGGGAUGGCUCGGGGCGAGGAAGAAGGCAGCAGCCCCUGCCCUGCCUGGAGCUGCGCUGCGGCGUGCUGGAGGCGGUCACCUGGGGAGCACUCGGUGCAUUGCUUCUGCAGCUGGUCAGACAGAUCUCCUGGCUGAGAUCGCUGCCGGACACCAGGAGAGAGCGCAGGACUCUCUGGCUUUCAUCACUGCCCUCUCAGCAGACAGUGGUGACUGAUACCUCAACCAUCUGUCCCAGUGCACAGCUGGAGGCUCACCUCCUGCAGAAAGUAAGCCCAGAGGUCCUACCGGAGAAUUCAUCCUCAGGCAUCCCCUCAGGGCAAGGAGACAACCAGCCCUGGGCAGAGGCAGGGGACUUCCAAGGGGAGUUCCAAGACCCUGAGAGCUGCAGCCUGGGCCCAGUUCUCCCCACUGCAAAGGGUGACCCAGCUCAGCGAGGGCGUUUGGAGGAAGCUGCUUUCCAAUUGCAGCAGAUUUUCCGGAUUGACAUUUCCAUUGCAUUGAACAUCCUUGGGAUUGAAAGCAUGAGAGCAGGCCACUAUGGGAUAGCCUACAGCUGCUUCAAGCUGGCAGCAGAUCGAGGCUACAGCAAAGCCCAGUUCAAUGUGGGUCUGUGUUAUGAGCAUGGCAGAGGCACAGAAAAAGACUUGGAAAAGGCAGCUUUUUAUUACUGGCAUGCAGCCAGCAGCCAGCACCCCAUGGCACAGUACCGCUACGGCAGAUACCUCCUGUGCCACGCACCUGGCAACAACUGGCACAGGCACCAGGAGGCACUCACCUUCCUGGAGCAAGCAGCUGUGGCUGGAAUCACAGAGGCCCAGGCUUAUCUUGGAGUGUUCUACCUGAGGGGCCUGCAACCGAAGGAAGAGAGAGGUCUGAAGUACCUGCUGCUGGCAGCCAAGAGUGGUCAUGCCCAAAGCAGGUACCACGUGGGUGUUUGCUAUGAGAAGGGUCUCGGAGUGCAGCAGAACCUGGCAGAAGCAAUGAGGCACUACCGGGAGUCAGCUGCUGCGGGGAACCGGAGCGCUCGGGAGCGGCUGCGACUGUUAGAAGAGGAGGUGGAAGACGCAUCACUGAAGCACAGCUUCCCCUCUGGAAUAAGAGCCUCCUCUUCUAGCCCCUCUUUCUGGGCUAGAGCAGGCCUGCACACCACCCAGCCAACACAGCCUGCCCUCACCCUGCCCCACUCUUGGAGUGCAGAUGGACUCCAUGUGAUGUUUGGUGCUGCAGGAUGGAGCCGGGGCCUGAGAAACAGGACAGCACUGCUGGAGCUGCAGCGCUUGGAGCCUCACCACUGCUGCUUCUAGAGCAACGGCCACCCAGCUGCCUACACGACAGGAGUGCUGUCUUCCAGUCCCAGGCUCUUCCCGUGCGCCGACAGCUGCCGCAGGAGCCCUGAGCCUGUCUCGUUGUGCGCUUGGACCUUCUGGGACAAAAUCAUUUCAAAGAGGGUGCUCAUUUCUGAGAGGAAGGUGCUGGCCAGUCUCGUCCCAGCAGCAUUUGAGUCAGCCCCAGCACCUUUACCAAAGGUUUCAAAGGUCCUCGGUUGCUCCUGCCUUGCAGCUUCCUCAUCCUGAGGUGAACGUGGAGAGUCGGGGCAGAAGAUGUUGUCCUUGUAGCUGCUGGUGAGGGGCAGGGAGAGCCGAGCCACCCAUGCUGGGUCAGCAGCUGUCAGCCUCUUGAGGGCCAGCUCUGGAGGGAGUGGGAAGGAAAAAAAAAGAGCUGUUGGUUGAGACAUGAAGCAGAGGAGCAGACAUGGAGCAAACAUGGAGCAGACACGGAGACAAAGAAGAAAGCAGAAAGAAAACACUGCCGAGACAAUGCCAGAGCUGGGAGAUUGUAAACAGGUCUAGAGAUAAGCUACCAGCAGCACCAUCUAAAUCAGCAGCCUGAGCUAAAAAAACCAAACUAAAGCAGGUUUCAGGCUCUU